UUGUCUACAACGUGAUCAAAUUAUCCAUGACUGUUCCUGUUCGUAGAUUUACUUUUUUGAUGCAAGAGCUUUAGCUUUCUUUUCCGGUUGGCGUGCCUACCAUAAGUUUCUAGGAUGUUGAUGCCUCAGAAAAACCGUGUUGCAAUCUAUGAACAUCUUUUCAAAGAAGGUGUCAUGGUUGCCAAAAAAGACUUCCAUGCACCAAAACACCCUGAAUUAGAAGCCAUCCCAAAUCUUCAAGUAAUAAAGGCUAUGCAGAGCUUGAAAUCUCGAGGAUAUGUCAAUGAGCAGUUUGCUUGGCGCCACUUCUACUGGUACCUAACAAACGAAGGAAUUAGGUAUCUCCGAGAUUACCUGCACUUGCCUCCUGAAAUUGUACCAUCAACACUGAAGCGACAAUCACGUACGGAGACGGCUCGACCACGACCAACAGCCGCUCGUGGUGGAGAGGCUAGGGCUCGUGGUGCCGAGGACAGAGACGCCUACAGGAGAGCUCCAGGUGGCAGUGGAGACAAGAAGGCUGAUGUCGGGGCUGGUACUGCUGAGAUGGAAUUCCGUGGAGGGUAUGGCCGAGGGAGAGGAGCUGGAGCACCACCACCCCAGUAAUGUUAAUUUAUGAAAAAUAAAAAAACUUUUAUUACA